CUUUCUGUUUUAAUGUUAGCAGUUUACUUAACCAAACCGAUUACUUUUACUAUUCCACUAUUUCAUGUAAACAAAAAUAGUAAACCGGCCCGACUAGAGUAAAACAUUUUAAAGCGUAUAAAUGCAUGCACAACGGAUUAUUAUAAUACAUCCUGGAUCUUUGUUUUUAAGAAUUGGCAGAGCUUCCGAUCUUAAUCCAGUUACGGUCCUACAUGCAGUAGCACAUCGAAGGCGUGAAAAUAAAAAUUCACAAGAACAUAGAGAUGCUCUACUGCCGCGAGUGCAUAGUUCUGCCGAAACACUUGCUGAAUUCGAGGAACAGAGGCGACAGGUUUCCCAUUCUAUACAGUCGUACGCUCCACUCCAUGAGUCCUAUGAACGAAGUGCCAAACGUUUGCGCGUUGCUACGCCUCCGCAACAAAUCGCAACUUUUAAUAGGCGGAGCGUCCCGGAAGAUUUGCCGCUCAUGGAUGAUGAAGGAUUCGAAGAUAUAAAGCGUGAUAAUAAUAAAAAUUCCUCGGAUAGUGAAUUGCUUUUCGACAAGGAUAUUUUGCUUCUGCGUGAAAGAGACUCCAGCGCUUACAAUAUUCAUUUUCCAUUGAGGCGUGGAGAAUUGAAUCUUCACAAAGGUGUUGGUGGUUCUACCGCAGCUGUUAUAUCUAAUAUGGAGACUAUUUGGCUUUAUGCACUGCAAAAGCAUUUGAAUAUUGCUGCAGAUACCUUGCCACAAUAUAGUGCUGUAUUGGUUAUAUCGGAUGUAUAUAAUCGCAGUCAUUUACGUGAAUUGGUAACAUUGCUACUGCAGCGCUUGCGCUUUCGAUCUUGUUUUUUAUUACAAGAUCAUGUAGCAGCCACUUUUGGUGCAGGACUCAGUUAUGCGUGUGUUGUUGAUAUUGGGGACCAGAAAUGCUCGAUAUCAUGUGUUGAAGAUGGCAUUAGUCAUCCAGAAACUCGUGUACGCCUUUCCUACGGUGGCGGUGAUGUGACACAAGUUUUUUUAAACCUUCUACGUAAAUGUAGUUUUCCAUACAAAGAGUGCAAUGUAGAAACAGAUUAUGCGGAUGCAGCGCUAUUGAUGCAUUUAAAAGAACGCUUCUGUCAUCUUACCUUAGAUGUUUGUGGAGCACAAGAACGAAGCUUUGAGGUGAGGAAAGCAAAUAAACGCAUGCGAUACACGCUUCAAGUAGGCGACGAAUGCGUUGUGGCGCCACUCUCCCUUUUUCACACGGAAUUAUUUAAUAUUACUGGUAAAACAAAACAAGCAAGGGUUCAAUUACGAAGUAGCCAACAACCAGAUCCGGAGGAUUGUUUUGAUGCCGAGUAUAUUCGGGAGACAGGGCGCCGAAAUGGAGGGCGUGACCAAUUGCUUGAAGGAACGCUACCAGUGACAGGUGAGGUGGCUGACGACGAUCUAGUUGUAGAUGAUGUGGUAGAACGUGACAUUAAUAUUAAAACUAGUGAUAAGGAUGAGCUGUUGUACAUAAUGAAUGGUCAGAUUGUACCUCUAGAUCAUGCUAUAGUUCGCAGCAUUGAACGAUGUUCAACGGAAGAAAUUAAACGUAAAAUGUACAGCUGUAUACUACUCGUUGGUGGUAGCACAAAAUUUGCAGGUUUCUCAAAAUGGCUGGAACAACGUGUUGUGCUGCAAUUAGCAGGUACAUCGACAUCAUCUUCAGCGUUUGAAGUUAAUGCAUUCUCCAAAGAAAUGGAUGCAGGCAUGAUAGCUUGGAAGGGAGCAGCAAUAAUGUCAUGCUUGGAAAGUGCUCCAGAACUGUGGAUAUACUCCGGGGAAUGGGAAAAGUAUGGAUUGCGUAUACUACGCGAAAAAGCGCCGUUCAUUUGGUAAUUUGCUCAGUUAGGAGCAUUGCUGUGUAAUGGAGAAAUGUAUGUACAUAUGUAAGAAAUAGUUGGUAAUAAUCGAAAGUGGCUUUCGUACACGUUACACAACUGUCAUUGUUCAAAAAUGAAAAUAAAAAACAUCAAAAAGACUACGUAA